AGACAACAACACUGCAAAUUUUACCCAUUCAUUUUGUACAUGGCUUCUUCCUGUGCUCGGGCCAUAUAUUUCUUACAUUUCUCGUGAUGAAAGAACGAGUUCUAACUGACCCUGCGCAAGCUGCAUAGCGUGGCCAGCAUGAGCCGACCUGCGGCCAAUGGAAAGGCUCGAAGCCACACCCCUACGACCAAUCAGGACCUUGCAAGCCUGUUUGAAUGUCCGGUGUGCUUCGACUAUGUUCUACCACCGAUCCUUCAGUGUCAGAGCGGUCAUCUAGUCUGCUCUAAUUGCCGACCCAAACUCAACUGCUGCCCCACGUGUAGGGGUCCAUUAGGGAGCAUCAGGAAUUUAGCUAUGGAGAAGGUAGCCCAGACCGUCAUGUUCCCGUGCCGCUACGCAUCGUCCGGCUGCGUGGCCACCAUGUCCUACAACGAGAAGCAGGACCACGAAGAAACGUGCGAGUAUCGUCCCUACUCCUGUCCUUGCCCGGGGGCCUCCUGCAAGUGGCAAGGAUCGCUGGACCAAGUCAUGCCCCACCUGACGCACGCCCACAAGAGUAUCACCACGUUGCAAGGUGAAGAUAUUGUAUUCCUAGCUACAGACAUCAAUCUUCCUGGUGCUGUGGACUGGGUCAUGAUGCAAAGCUGCUUCGGCCAUCACUUUAUGCUCGUCCUGGAGAAGCAAGAGAAGUACGAUGGACUUCAACAAUUCUUCGCUAUCGUCCAACUGAUUGGAUCAAGAAAACAAGCCGAAAAUUUUGCUUAUAGAUUAGAACUGAAUGGCCAUAGGAGACGGCUAUCAUGGGAAGCCACACCCCGGUCCAUCCAUGAAGGGGUCCAAGCCGCCAUCAUGAACAGCGAUUGUCUAGUCUUUGAUUCUAGUAUCGCGCAACUCUUCGCAGAAAACGGUAACCUCGGUAUCAACGUCACGAUAUCGAUGUGCUGAGGGCGCCUGUUAUAAUUUAAGUGCAAUCUUGUGUCAUUUUUUUGUGUAUUUUUUUCGGGGGUAGGUUUGAUAAAGGGUGAUUUCAACAUCACUUUUGGUGUUGGUGUUUAGAAUGUGAACAAGGCUUCCUGUUUGACUACCAGCUAUAAUGCCGAAAAUCGGUUUACAAGUAUUAUGUCAGUUAAUUCAUGUUUCAUCCAGUAAUCUUGAAAUAUUAGUUAGUGAUGAAUCUUUUAUGGGAAGUAGUUAAGAUUGCAAAGCGACCACAUAGGAUUGUGAGUUUUGCAAUUGUCACUUUUUCCCCUAAAAGAUUCUUAACUGACUAAUACCAAUCACAUUUUGAUAAUAUUUCACUUUUGUAGUUUUUACUACCAUGGAACAUAUGCUCUUGGUCCUUAACAGACUGCAGUCAGUGGAUUCCUUCUUUCCCAUACACAAUGUGUGCACUGCUCCACUCCCUGGGGAGGAUUCCAAAAAGAGCUUCCGAGCUCCAAUUCUAGGCAAAUUACAUUGUCUUUUGCAUCCUACCGGGUACCCAUUUAACACCUGGGUGGAGAGUGGUAAAGUGAGUGUUAACACAUUAUUUAAAAGCAAGAGUCAGAACCACUACACCAUGAGGAUUCCCCAUAGAGUGCUCAACAAUAUUCUAAACACCAGCUUUUAUUUCAAGUUCAGUGUUAUGGCCUGUGAAAACACCUUCUUAACACCAAUACCAACUGUUGACACUAAACUAUAACCACCCUCUGAUUUCUUGGACUUAGGGUGCUACAUACGAUAAUUCAGGAGAGCGUUCCAUCAUUAUGUGUCAUCCAACAAGCUGCCAUAUCUGAUAACUUUCCUUGAUCGUGAUUGGCUGAGGUCUGACUGUUACUAUGGUAACUGUCUGACGAUGGAGGGCUUGUCAUAAAACAUCCGACAAGUUUUUCAUGAAAUGCGCCCCAGGUUGAACGCAAACGACUCUAGCUAAGUAGUACCCAUUAUGUGUAUGCUUUGGUUGUAAUAAGUAAUUGAAGAAUAUAUUCUGUAUUGUUAUUACUCUUUCUCUCUUGCUAUCAGCUCUGAUGUAUCUUUUUCUUAGGUAUUUCAAUAUUUCUAUUUCCCACUAAGACCUAAUUUAGAAUUUACACUCUCAUUUAUUAGAUGUUAAUACAAUAUUAUAAAUAAUAGUACAAUUUCCAUCAUAUUUGAAAUUUACCAACUUUGUUAUAAUUAUGAUAAUGAUAGUAAAAUUUAUAAUACAUAUUUAAAUUGUACUUUAAACAAAAAUUUGAGAGUGCAAAAAAAAAGAGAGAGAGAGAGAAAGAAUGAUGAGAGCCACCAAGAUAUCUCAAUGUUCUACUUUUUGGAUGGUACACAUCUUUGCAACACAAUUCUUUAAGCAUUUCACAAAACUUGAAAUCAAUUUAAAAAUCACUUAUAGAUUUAAAAAUCAUUCAAAUAUUUUGCAGUGAACUUUAUAUAGCAACAAAAAGGACUUAUGUUGCCAUUUCAUAUAAAUGCUGAUCAAAGGAGUUGUCAAAUUUGUCACUAAACUGGCUUUGAAAUGGUUGUAUGUAGCACCCUAGGUUUCUAAGUUUAUUAAAGCAUUGGUAGAAGGCUAAUUUAAACAAUUAUAGGUAUUGGUUUCACAGGGGCAUUUCAUACUGUGGUGCAUUCGAAUGAAGUGCUGGCGGAUAUUAUGGAAUAUUCCAUGAAUCAAUUUCUAAUCGUUUCAAAUCACUGUAAAUUUUGUUUUGCAACAUAUUCUGUGAUUGUUCAUCUGCAUUCAAUUAUUGUUUUGGACAGAGUAGGACAGAAAUGAAGAAACAAAAUAGUUGUUCUGAAGAAGAAAUAGAUGUCUAAUAAUUGGUAGAAAAAUACUGUUUUCGGUCAUUUCCUAUAAGGUACUGUUUAUGUUUACUUCUGGACACAUAAUUGGCUUUUCAUCUGAUCUUUAAUGCAAGAUAGUCAAAAGUUUUUGAUUCUGGGGGCUGUUUCAUAAAGAUGUUCGUAAGUUAAGAGCGAAUUUAGAAACGACUGGUGAUCCUUUCUUGUGGUAAAAGAUAUUCACCAUUGUUCAUUGGUGAUUACUUAGCGUGUAAGAAAGGAUCACUGGUCGCUCUCAACUUGGGAAUAGCUUUAUAAAACACCCACCUGGUUUUCUCUCUGUUGAAUGGGGAUGACCAUAUUCAUCUCAUAACCAGGCAAUCACCCCCACCCCUCCCUCAACCCUGCAUGAACCAACCCAACCCAUCCCCCUUCCUUCACAUUCCUCUCCCCCACCACCCACAUCAAACCAAAAAGCCCUUGAUAAAGCACAUGCCUACUUCAGUUCUCAUCAACCACCUCCCCCAAAUCCAACAUCCUUACCAUUCCUUCAGCCCCACCCCUGACCAAGCUCCCCCAAAUCCCCACCCUACAUCGCUCCCACAAUCGCCUCCUCCGCCCUACACAGUCCCCAUCCCGCUUACAAGUAAACACCACAUCCUACUCCCAAACAUCCAAUCUAAUUUUACAGAGCUCCCCCAUACAUUAUUCUGCUUAGCCCCAAGGAAACUUCCUCCCAUCGAACAGCUCUCCAGACUCUAAGACCCCACCCACCCAACUUCGUUUUAUGAAGCCUCAUGUACACCAAGCUGAGUAGUUGCUGUACAGUCUCAUAUACGUUAGACUGUCGGUUCACUUCAUGAUCAUUGUGUUCAACUCAAGAGUCAAGACCAAAAAUAGUAUCUUUUCUACCAGGGUAGUGUUUGAUACAGCUGUUUGGAAGUUACAAAUGACUUUAAUCUCACAACACGUCUAACAACUUCUUCUUGGAAGCUAAAUCGACUCUAACAACAAUUUUUGGUAUAUAACUUAGCACAAUAUAGGGUCACCAGCUGUUCUUAAAGUCGUUCCUAACUUACAAACAGCUUUUAUGAACCAGCUCCCCCUUUGCCCCGUAACAUAAAGGGUAGCGAUUAAUCACUAUGAAAUGGCAUAUCAUGAUCAACGUUGCAUGCACAUUUUGCUCAGUAGACUGACUAGGAACCAAUCGGAAUUGUUCUUUCAAAUGAGCGAUCAAUCGCAAAAUGUUGUGAUACGGGGCCCUGCUCGAACCAGACUCUACGUAUUGCCUGCACAACAGUUUGCUCGGCAAACACUCUCUGAAAUUAUAUUGUUUAUUCACCCUUAUCUGAACGUCUUUGAAAACACUUUUUUUUUUACUAGGAACAUUGCCCCUAGUUGUAGUAUUCACGUAGGUAAAUUAAAUAUUAGCAUUCUCGACUUUGAUAUUUACAUUAUUGAAAUGUAUUGAUGAAUAUGCAUUGCCUAUUUUUUUCAUAGGCAAGUAUAUAUGUACAUGUAGGUUAUCUAUGUUUUAUAUAUGAUUGUAUACACGUCCCGCGAAGCACGGCAUGCAAUGGUGAACAUUUAGUGAGUUUCUGUAUAUCAGCCGAUUAGGUAUUUCAUAUGGCAUUAUUAAAACACGCAUAGAGGACUCUUCACAGCCUUCAUAAGGUCAAUGUUAAUCUGUUAUGGCUUCUCAAAUUGGCAACCAUCUUAAAUUUUCUAUUCAUUUCCAUACUUUGCUAAAGAAAAUGUAAGAGGAUAUUGACUAUUUCUUUCAUGAAAUAAUAUUCCCCAGGUGUUCACAAAUUAUUUGUUUUAAACAACUGAAAUCCUGGCCUGUCAUUGGCUUAUAUUUAAAAAAACUUUGUGAAAAUCGCAAUUUCUUUUAUGAGAUACUGUACUGUCCUGCGCAAAUUGACAACCAUUUUAAAUUCUCUAAUCAUUUUUAUAAUUGGGUAAGAGAAUGAAAUAAAGGGGGUAUUGACUGUUUCUUUCAUGAAAAUUCCCCACUUUUCACAAACUAGCUUUUUGUGAAAUACUACUGAAAUCCUUGCAUCUAACUGGCUCAGAUUAAAAUACCUGGUGAAAAUCUCCAACUAUUUCUUUCAUGAAAAACUUCCCUGGUUUUCACAUACUGGCUUUUGGUUAAAAACUACUGAAAUCCUAGCAUCUGAUUGGCUAAGAGCAAGCUAGUCAGUUGAAACCAAUGACUAUUUCUUUCAUGAAAUACUCCCCAUCUGUUAGCAAGCUGUUAUCACUGUCACAACCCACUGGAUCUGUGUAUCGAUGUACAGUAUCGUUGAUAAUUUGCUGUUUCGUCUUUGAGUGACUGCUUCAGUGUUUAAAAGUGGGGGUCCUUACCCCAGCAACUCAGGAUUAGUGUUUGAUUUAUUUUGGCAUAAUCGUUAUUUCUAUUCUUCAUUUAGAUUUCUCCUGCUUACCUGUAAUGAUGUAUUGUCUAAAGCCCUAUGUGCACUUCACGAUCCAUUGCAAAACUAUUGUUUAAAAAAGUGUUUGAUAUCAGCUUGAUAUUAGGCAUUCCAACCUAUAUAAUCUAGGCAGUCGAAGUUUGUAAUAGUGGUCAUACUAAAACAAAAAUUCCAGUCUAUUUCGAGGCUCCCUAAAGGAAUAAAAGCAUAUAUUAAAUUAAAGAAUGUAAUGACGCCAUCAUUGGCUUCGACUUAAAAAGUCAAUUCAGACUUACAUGUAACUCUGAAUACAAGGCUUGCAGGAAAUCAUUAUUCUCAUUUCACUAUUCCUAGCACUAAAAUGAAGUAGAAUAACUGUUUCUUGGAACUUUCAUAUGUAAGUGCAAAAUUUGAUUUAUUAAAAGAUGGUGUUGUAGUGGAUCAUGUAGUGUGCGGUGGUCUUGAUGGAAAUGUUCAGUUUACUUUAAUUCACAUCAAAAUACCUGUAUAUGGUGACCUACCUGUUAAAAAAAGGCCUGUAUGCAUUCAUUCAAUAUGGGUAAACGUUUUUUGUUUUCAAAGUCACCCCCCCCCCCCGGAAGGAAUUCAAUAUAAUGUGCUUUGAAAAACAUUGUUUAUGUUUUAUUCUAUAAGGUAAGAUUAGGUAAUUUAUUGAAAUUAUUUAUUAGAACUGAAACUGAUAAGAUGAAAUUAAGGCAUGAUAUCUGCAAUACCAAAUUCUAUUGUCGCAUCACCUGUCACUAAUAGUAAAUGAUAAAUAAUAGGCAUUUAUAUUGCGCCAUCUAUCUAGAAAUAAUCUAUUCCGAGUUGCAUUGUUAUUAUUAUUAUUAUUAUUACCCCAGCUUUAGUUCAAGCAGCCUUCCAGCGCUCAGUGCAUUUCAAGGAAUUAUCUGCCUGGGUACCCAUUUACCUCACCUGGGUUGAGUGCAGCACAAUGUGGGUAAUUUCUAUGUGUGCCUGUAGUAGGGGCUACAUGUGCGUGCAUGAGUAAGAAAUGCAUUGCACCCACAUGUGUAAAUGCAACGGCCUGGUGACCUGACCAUUUUUUGGGAUUUAUCAUCUCAUAUUUCAAGUGUUUUAUUUUUCACCAUUAUGUGAGAUCAACAGGGCUAAUGAUAAUGAUAAUAAUAAUGAACAGUUCUUGUAUAGCGCAUAUCUCGUUAUGAUUAUAACAUCUCUGUGCGCUUCCAAAGAACUUGGAUAUUAUUACCCCGGCUUUAGCUUGGCGGCCGUAAUUAUGAACAACGCACACGCUCUUCGAGGUUGCGCGAAUCGAUCCAUUUCUCUUAUGAGCACAUAAAACGUUUGAAAUAUUAUUGUAUAUGGCCUGUAAAAGACACCCUUUUUGAAAUAUGUUGUAUAUAAGAUUACUUUAAUGUACAUGUUAUCACGUUUUAUACUGUUUGCAGUAUUUUGUUAAUAUAUGGUAUUGUGUUGCCUAACUUUUUUUUAGUAUAUAUGUGAUUGUAGCAAAAUCUAAUCCAUGCUGUAUUGCCAAUCCUGUAUUGAAACAAAAAAAAUCUGAAUAAUUAUGGCAGCUUAACAAUGUAUAUUUAGGAUAAAGGAGAAGAAAGGAAUUUAAAACCAUUCGCCCAUACAUUAUAGAGCCUCUACCAAUAAAUAGUGUUCUAAAUUGUUGUGUCAGUGCAAAGAACGCCCUUAGCAAAACAUUUUUGUGCACCCUAUCGCCGGUGCAGAAAUGUCUUAUGCAAUGCACUUAUGCAUGCUGCUAAGGGCUGUUUUUGCGCUCAUUUAAUGAUUCCCAAAGGGCAUUCUUCCCCCCGACGCAAUGUAGUUUAAUAAGCCUGUGCUGACUGCUGGCUUAAGAGGGCGUGCUUUACCAAACUUCACACCCAGCCAUUCCAUGCAACCAUAGGAUUUUACCAUAACAUAUGAAAUAUGAUACUUGGGAGGCAUUUGGAUUUACUUAGGGAAACACAAUGGUUGUUGUCAAAUGAUAUGCAUGAAUAGAUAAUAUUUUGAUGAGAAAAAAGGGAAAUAUUGAAAAAAAUAUAACAUGGAAAAGGAAAGUUCUAUCCCUGAAAAGCAGAUCAUUAAGAUUAAGAUACUCGAUAUAUAAAUCUCAAAUUGCUCAAUUAGAGAGUGAAACUUCAAACAGUGUCAUAUUUUAGCGUUCUUGUGUGUAGGAACAAUUGAAGGAGUUAAACUGACCCUACGUCACUAUUCGGGUUUCAGCGAAUUUUCUCAUUUCUAAUUUUUGUCAUUUGAUUAGUCCAAGAUAUGAAUAGAAGCUCUUUAUCGCAUGAAGUUACCAAUGCUUUUUUGACAUUACAGAAUACCCUGCAUAUCUGUAUCUUCGAUUUUAUAUGCCCUUUAGUUUGUUGUUCAAGUGACAUUCUUCAUGAAAUGCAAUGUAGUAUAUAUGAUAGUGUUGUACAUAGCACGCCGUUUAUGUAAGUAUUGUAUAAUAUAUUGUAGGAAAAUACAUGUUGAUUUUCCAAAAAAAAUGAUUACAUUGGAAUCGAUUCAAUGUGGUUUGGAAUGACCUUUGGUCACAAAUAAAACACAAUAUUGAA